AUGCAGCAGCAGCAGCAGCAGCAGCAGCAGCAGCAGCAGCAGCAGCAGCAGCAGCAGCAGCAGCAGCAGCAGCAGCAGCAGCAGCAGCAGCAGCAGCAGCAGCAGCGAGGAGGAACGACGCAAACUCCCAAGUCACGGAUCAUUUGCCGGAACUCAACCAAAUAUUUAAGUCUGACGAAGCAGAUAUUCUUGCUAGAGACAACAACGCCGUGAGUCACGAAGUGCUCUAGACAUGGUUUUCCAGUCCUCAGCCAAUCAGCAAGCGCCACGACCUCACCGUUCCAUAUGUGGUUCUGAGACUUUGCCUAGACAAAGUUGUUGACCACACGGAAAGCACGCAGACGACCAUUGUUUCUGGUGUUGACUCCGGCGAGCCAAAUUGCCCAAGAGUCCGCACGGAUGACGAAAUCUGGCAGUCAGCAACUCGACUGCGUGCGAUGAGCGUGGGAGCCGAUAAGCUUGACCGGCACAGCAACCGCAUGGCAACAGCAUACAUCAACAUCUGGCCAGUCGAGCCAUGA